GCAGCCGGCUGUAGCCAAGAGUAGCGCACCCGAGCGCGGCCGAGGCAGGCGUCUCGGUUCGGUUCGGUUCGGGGAUGGAAGCGAAGCGAAGCGAAGCGAAGCUCGCAGUGCAGAUCAAAAAAAAAGAAUAAAAAGGGGGGAGGGGGGAGCAGCGAGAGAGAGAGAGAGAGAGAGAGAGAGAGAAACCUGAAGUGUAUGGCUGCAAGAUGCUAGCUAGUUAGCAUGCUAAGUGAUCAAAAUAGUCUCUUGUUAGCACCAGCGGCUAACGUGCGCAGUCGCCGGGUCUUCUUUUUGUUCUGACAGACAAUUUUCAUGCGAAUUGUUUCCAUCUUUCGCGCAGCUCGACACGAACGCGACUCUCGCGUGCCAGUCGUACUUUAUGCUCAGUUUUCUGGGGCGAGGAGAUCAAGCAGUUAACUGCGGCUAGCUGCUUGUUGCUAAUGCUAAUCCACGUUCAUCUUGUGGUGUAAUAUAAUAGUUAUAAAGUUAUUCUGAGCUUUUGAAGCUGUUACAACGAUGAGGAAAAACACACCCAGUCUGAGCCAACGUGCUCAGUGGUGAAAAUAAUCCCUUUACAUCUGAAAACCUAUUGGCAGCCACUUAAUACUUUCUAUUUACUGUUGGUGUUCUCAUUGGGCUGAGCUGUUCGGGGAAUUAACGGAGUCGUUCACUCCUGCCAAUGUUUUUUGGCUUUUGCUUUUGUGUAUUUACUGUGUAAUAGUCGUCCAGUGUGCCUAAUAAGAUCGUCAGAGUCAACGUAACCGGUCACUUCUGCUCGACAUGUCAUCGUUUCUACUUAAUGUCACCUUUUUGGAUAAAAUAACACGGUUCGACUCCAGCGAGCGGCUAAAUUGGUGAUUGACAAGUGACUGAGAUCAAAUGAAAUGUUUCCAUGUCCCACCGAAUCAAGUAUUCCAAAUCCUCAACUUGCUGUAUUGGACUUCUCCAAUGUCCUUAAUAAGCUCGUAACAGUUGAAUUAUUCAUAUUUCACCUCGUCUUAACACACGACACAACAUUUUGACAGAAGCGUUUGCUUAUUGUUGCUGUGUGGCAGUCUUAGUCGUAUUUGUUAAGAUUAUGGAAGAAAUAAAUCACCCCGAAACUUUUUUUUUUUUUUUUUUGAUGGACGAGUGACUCAGAUCAAGUUAGAUGUUUGAAUGACGUGCGGAAUGAAAUGUGUCAUUGCCUUUGACGGCAAUGUCGUUUCAAAAAAACGUCUCGUAAUUUUGUGGCAGGAAGUCACUGGGGCUAAGAACGCUACUUGUUAGCUAGCACACCUCACCCUCGGGCCUUCAUUUUGGUUGCCGUGUGACAGCCGCUGAAACCGACGCUUGUCCUCGUGAGCGUCUUCGCGGAUGGGCAGUUUUGCACUUCCUGUGCGUCCUUGCUCAUUUUGCCCUCUCCAAGGACGACACCGUGGGGCCCGGCGACGAGGAAAGUGGACAUUUUGCGCCCGUCUGCUUGCAGCGCGCGCGCCCAGCUACAUUUUCCCACUCGUCCUGUCCGGCGGGAUGCCGAGCGUGCUCGCCGCCGCUUUGGCAUUCCCAGCGCGUCGGUGUCGGGUUCACCGAUGCAAACUCGCCGCUGCUCUUUCGUUUGCGUGGAGCGAGUAACGCAAACGCAUCGUGGUCGUUCGGCAAGUUUAAAGAGCUCGGGAAUCGGGCUCAUUUAUUUAUUUUUGAUUCCACGGGUCAAAGGGCACAUCGUCACCCCGUUGGCGAGCUUCAACAAUUAAUGAGCAAAUUAACGGGCAUCAUUGAGAGAUUAUUAAAUUUAUUAAAAUAAUGGUUGGUUGUAGCGCUCGUGCAACUGCUGACACUAACCAGACAGCUGUUUACCAAAAGCACCGGCAGUGUUAACUGGGGGGGGGGACGGACGGACAAACGGACGCACCACACACACACACACACACACACACACACUAUUAUUACCGAUUGAUUGCGUGAUUCGCGGGACUUGAAGGUAAACUUGAAGGUUGCCCUCAUGAGCAGGAUUAUGCUCCGCCUUCAGAUUAAAGCGCCGCACACCAUCUGGCGGCUUCAAAGUCGGCCCCGCACGGACACUCAAGCGCUUUGCGGCAAAUACGUGUGGCCCGGGUCAAAAUGGCGGCAAUGUGGGUGAUCGUUGGGGGGGGGGGGGGGUGUAGUUUGCACACCCGUGAUGUGAAAAGCAGCCGUCUGCACUUGUUGGUCCCAAGCCAAGUUAUUUGUCAAUUAAUACGUGUCGGGCUGGGGGUUUUGUUUUGUUUCCUUUUUGUCCUGGCAGGCAAAGCGGGCGAGCCGGUCUUCUCUCCCGGUCACGGCGGCUGCCUGACUACGUCGCCCGUCACGCUGCCGCCCCUGCGCAACAACAACCUCAACCCGCUGACGGGUGGCGCCAAAGCGGCCAUGUCGGAGGGCGUGCAGCUGGCGUCUCAGUCUCAGGUACACAUCACGCAGCUGUUCGACGACAACGGAGUCAAGCGCCCGCAUCUGAGCGGGCAGCCCAACGGCCUGACGCCGCUCGCCCCCGUCCGGUCGGGCCCGCCUCUGCCGGAGCGCCACGCCGCGGCCGCCCCCGACCCGACGCACCACGGCCGCGCGGCCCACAAGUCGUCCGCCUCCACGCCGGAGCAGGCCAUGAAGCAGUUCAUGUCCAAGAUGUCCUCCUUCGAACACCACGAGGUGUUUAGCUACCCAGAGGGUGAGUCGUCGUCGGCAGAACGGUCAGCUCACCGCCACGUCUCUCACGCUCGAUGUCGUCUCCAUCUAGUUUAUUUUGUGGGGCCCAAUGCAAAGAAGAGGUCGGGGGUCCUUGGGGGGGCCAACAACUGCGGCUACGACGACGAGCAGGGUUCCUACAUCCAAGUACCGCACGACCAAAUCGCGUACCGGUACGAAGUCCUCAAGGUGAUCGGCAAGGGCAGCUUCGGGCAGGUGGUGAAGGCAUUCGACCACAAGAGCCAGACGCACGUGGCGCUGAAGAUGGUGCGCAACGAGAAGCGCUUCCACCGGCAGGCGGCCGAGGAGAUCCGAAUCCUGGAGCACCUGAGGAAGCAGGACAAGGACUCCGGCAUGAACGUCAUCCACAUGCUGGAGAACUUCACCUUCCGCAACCACAUCUGCAUGACCUUCGAGCUGCUCAGCAUGAACCUGUACGAGCUGAUCAAGAAGAACAAGUUCCAGGGCUUCAGUCUGCCGCUGGUGCGCAAGUUCGCGCACUCCAUCCUGCAGUGUCUGGACUCGCUGCACAAGAACCGCAUCAUCCACUGCGACCUGAAGCCGGAGAACAUCCUGCUCAAGCAGCAGGGACGCAGCGGGAUCAAGGUGAUCGACUUUGGCUCCAGCUGUUACGAACAUCAGAGAGUCUACACGUACAUUCAGUCCAGGUUCUACCGAGCGCCGGAAGUCAUCCUAGGUUCCAGGUACGGGAUGCCCAUCGACAUGUGGUCCCUGGGCUGCAUCCUGGCCGAGCUCCUGACGGGAUGCCCGCUGCUCCCCGGCGAGGACGAAGGCGACCAGCUGGCGUGCAUCAUCGAGCUCCUGGGGAUGCCCGGCCAGAAGCUCCUGGACGCCUCCAAGCGGGCCAAGAACUUCGUGUCGUCCAAAGGCUACCCGCGCUACUGCACCGUCGCCACGUUGGCCGACGGCACCGCCGCGCUCCACGGCGGCCGCUCGCGGCGCGGGAAGCUGCGAGGGCCGCCGUGCAGCAAGGACUGGAGCGCCGCCCUCAAGGGCUGCGACGACCCGCUCUUCCUGGACUUCAUCAAACAGUGUCUGGAAUGGGACCCCGCCGUCAGGAUGACGCCCAGCCAGGCGCUGCGCCACCCCUGGCUGAGGAGGCGACUCCCCAAACCGCCCACCGGGACCGCCGCGGACAAGACGGCCUCGUCCAAACGGGCGCCCCCCGCCGAGGGCGCCGUCACCUCCGUCUCCAAGCUCUCGGCCCCCUCGGCGAAAACCAGGACCAAUCUGCCGCCCGUCACGGACGCCAACGGGAACCUCCAAACCCGGACGGUCCUGCCCAAACUGGUAAGCUGAAAGUGAGCGCGCCCCCGCCCGAACCCAUCGCCAGCUCGCAGACGCGACGUCGCUUGGCUCGAAGCCGGCCGGGGUGCGUUCAGGUCCGACGGGAAAGGCCCUCGCUGCCGCCGCCGCGAAGUGGCGCGUUCGGGCGGGCUCCUCCGGCAGAGUCGCACAGACAAUCGACACGAUGGUGCUGACUGAGGGAACAAGGCUCUUUUCAUCUUUUCGCACAUCACGUUUCAACACUCAAAAGUUUCAAACCAUCCGAUCGACUCGUUUUUAUCCGGGAGAUGACGCUCGCUAAUUAGCUGUGCGCCCGCAGUAUGUAGCUCCCGGCACGCUCGUGCGCGUCGGGAAGCGUUAGCCACCAGCUACGAACGCCAUCGAGCGAUGAGCCAGCUAGCCGAGCAGACAAGUCUUACGUUGUGUGCGUUGCUCGGUUAGCGCCAUGCUAACAAACAAAAAAAAAAGACGCUUCUUUGCGUGCGACGCGCAUCAUGCGACGCCAACUGACUCUUUUCCGAGGUGAAUUCAGGUCGGACGCUCUCGCGCAAAACGCGCACAAUUGCCUCACUUUGCUAACACUGCCCGCCAACGGACGGGGGUUCAGG